GUAACACAACAGAGUUUGUGGAGCAGGAAGUGAGUGAGGGAAGCAGAGAUUGUGUGUACACAGCUGUAAGAGCAGUUACAGGACUGAGGUGAGCUACAGCAGGACGCAUAAAUAACGGGUAGAGACGUGGGGAAAGCAGCGCACGGUUCCAGCUGAGACAAGGGAAAUGUUGAUCUACAGAAACAGAGCAUCUCUGAUCCGUCCUCUUCACUGCAUCAUCCCAUGUUGUGAGGAUUGUAAAGGAUUACGAGGUGAGAGGCUUCAAGCUGGACGGUCGGCUAGCAGAUGCUAGAGCUGCUGGUAUUGUUCUGAAACUGAAGACUAUCACGUUCAGGAUUGGCCCAGGAGAAAAGAAGAUAAAAUACAGUUUUCUCUGUGUUUCAGUGCCAUGCCCAAAGGAAAGGGAGCCAAAGGGACAAAGGUGACGCUCCAGACUGCCAAAAAGGCAGUACGGAUAACCCAAGAUGGACGGCGUAGACUCACCCUCAGCAAGAUGGGAAUAAUCACUUUCCCACAGUGUCUCUUUAAACUCACCAACGUGGAUGAGUUGGACCUCAGCCGCAACCUGAUACAGAAACUCCCAGAAAACAUUGGGAGCUUCUCAUCCCUCAGAUGGUUGGAUCUACACAGCAACAAACUGGAGUCUUUGCCUGAGUCCAUCGGUAACUUGGUGGGGUUGACGCACCUCAACCUCUCUAACAACGACCUCACAUCUGCAGGUUUACCCUACUCACUGGGUUCUCUCACGAACCUGAAGAGUCUUAAUCUGGGGUUGAACCAGCUUGACACUCUACCUCCCUCUAUGGCAGGUCUAGACAACCUCAAAGAGUUAGGCCUGUUUGAUAACCGCUUCACUAAGCUACCAGAGUUUGUGAAAGAGUUACGCAACCUCAAUAAGGUAAACACAAGAAGAAACCCUCUGUCGUACGCUCAGGGAGAAAGUGAGGAGACGCUGAAGGAAAAGUCUGAACCAGAGGAAGAAGUGUAUCUGGUUCAUGAGAGCAGUCUAUGUAGGAAAUGCUUUAAAAGAUGCAAAGAGCAAAACGAGGGGUUUUCAAGAGGAGGAGGAGGAGGAGGAGGAGAUGGUGACAUGUGUGAGGAAAAAAGGAUGAGGACUUACAAAGGACUCAUGGUGCCAAACUCAGUGGCUGCAGUUAAUCAGGAUGUGUGGAGAAUUAGAAAAGUGGAGCACAUGCAAGUCAAAUAAAAACAGAGCUGCUGGCUUCAUCUUAACCUCGUCAUCAAGCUCAGUUCAGAUCAAAGAUUCACAAUGAGACUAAAGGGUUUAAGAAAGCUGCAGCGGUGUAAGAAAAAAGGGCACAUUCUCUGUUUAACACGAAAUCCACUCGUAGUGAAGUAAGCUGGUCAGUUAGAUACAAACUGUAAACUCAUCAUAAGAGCAGAGUUUUUGAGGCAGGAACAAGAUGAUCACUUCAUCUAUGUAUUUGAGGAACAACCCUGUCUGUAUGUUGGCUGCUGUGUAUUUUAAGCCAUUCAAGAUCACUCCCUCCUCCUCCACUUGGCACGUGGGUGGAAAGCAACAGUGGCCAAUGAAGCCAGGGAUGAAUGAAUGAAUGAAUAUAGUGAUGUAAAAAAACAUUUAACUUCACUUUAAAGUUUUAUAACAGAGAUGACUUUCUAAUGCAGAAACAGAUAAACACAUUAAGCCUGCAAAGCUCUGUAAAAAGGUGGAGGAUUUCAUUGAAUGCUUUUCUUGUCUCUCUAAUCUUUAUGUGCAUCUGAGGCAGCUCAGGUCUGCACUGGGUCACAAAGACACACAGACCUGCUGCUAUAUGCAAUAGGCUCCAUCCAUGACGCAGAAAGCAGACAGUGUCUCUCGUUAUUUCAUUGUAGUGAACUGUAAAGUUUAUAAAUGUUGUGGACCAAGUUUCAUCUCAUCCAAUCAUCAGUCUUUUGUCUGAGCUGGCUUAAACAUUUGAUAGUAUUUGCACAGUAUUUUACUUGAUUUCACUGAAAUUAUUUGGAUCAAAUAAAGGAAAGCGUGAUGUUCGA